AUGAUCAAUGAAGAAAGAUUUAACUGGCUUACUAUCGGCAAAAGCUACGAUGAUGGAGAGAAGAGUUCAAAAAAGAAAUCAAGCAAAGAUGUAAAGAAGAGCUCUAAGAAAGAUAAGCAUAAAUAAAAAGAAAGACAAAACUAAGAACAAAAGAAAAAGGGCAGCUGACUACUUUGCCUCAGAUAGUGACAGUGACGCCCCUAACAAACUUGUUGCUUACAAACACAGUCAUGAAAUAGCACGUAAAGAUUCUAAAAAGAGCAAGAAACGGAGUAAAGAUAAGGCGAAAAAGGAGAAAAAGAUAAAGAAAGAAAUGAAAAGGCAGCUUAAAGAGCUAGCAAAGACAGUUGUGAUGUCUACAGGAUUCCAAAAUACUGAUGGAAAAGAAGAAAUGCCAGCUAAUUUUGAAGAAAUUAAUUAUGAGAAGCAUGAAAAGAUGGUAGAUGGGAUCAUUAAAACGUUAAAUGCACCCAAAAAAUUCGAAUUCGAUGAAGACACAGUAUUUGCCAAAGCCAUUUGUGCCAAUGAGGAGCAGGCAUUCACCAUAAAUGCUAUUAGUUAUGAUGAUUAUGAAAAAUAUGGAAAGCCCCAAGAUGCUGAAAUUCCACUGUUCAGAAGAGCAACCAGAGACUAUAUUAUCGGAUUUGAUCAGAUCAAGCGAAGACGCGGACUGAGUAUCAAAAGACAUAUGAUCGAAAUUAUCAGAGACCUGAAUGAACUAUGUGGAAUAUACAGGAAGGAUAAUAAGCAAAUUCUGAGAAAACUAAAUUACGGCUUACCGAAAUAUAGAAUAUAUUCAAAAAAAUUCUACAAGAAAAACAAGGAUGUUGAGGAAGAUGAUCACAGGAUUCAUCAUGUUAACAAAGUCCCAAAAGAAUUUGCAGAAUCUGAUGUCAUCGACACGAUCAAAGACAUGCAACUGUGGGAUGAAGUUGAAAAUAGUGAAGAGAGUUUUGAGGAUUACCUUGAAGGAAAUAUGAAGUUCAAGUAUUAAAAAAUCUAAA